AUGCUGACAGAGAAAGGCUGUGGUUAUGUGUCUUUAGCUCUGACUUCAAACCCCUCACACCUGAGAGAGCUGGAUCUGAGCUACAAUCAUCCUGGAGAUUCAGGAGUGAAGCUGCUCUCUGAAAAAAUAGAGGACUCAACCUGCUCAUUGGACAAACUGAAAGUUGAUCAUGGAGGAGAAACCAGGAUUACAGAAGGACCAAAGAAAUGGAUGUGUUUUUUCACACUGGAUCCAAACACAGCACACACUGAACUCAUUCUGUCUGAGGAGAACAGAGCGGUGACGUGUGUGGAAGAGUCUCAGUCGUAUCCUGAUCAUCCAGACAGAUUUGAUGAAGCAUCUCAGACAUACAAAAGAAAAACAAUAUCCACAUGGGUGUGGAACAGACUCCUCCCUUUCCAUGGAUGGAAUAAAUAGGGCUUCCUGUUUGCGGGCCGGCCCCUCCUACUAGGAAGCACCAAAGGGAAAGAACUCAGAAACCACCACCAAAACAUAAGUCACACUCGAAUGUGCAACUUCCUUGUGACUUAGAAAAAUAAAAAGAAACAAAUAAAGUUAUUUCAAACAAAA